AACGGGCAUCAAGAACACUUUAACUUGCUGGAGCAAGAUAACUCUCAAGGUGAAAACUGAAAACUGAAAAGCUAUAUAUAGCUUCCACUCUCCACCCUCAAAUCUUUCACAGAAAACCAACAAUUCCCCGCAGCUCAAUUCACCUGAAAAAUGGAUAACGGAAUCAAGCACGGUGCUGAAGUCAUAUCAGUAUCGUCUCUCAACUGUAUUGAUCUCUUCAGCACAGACACGAACCAAUCCGUCUCUCUACUCAAACAGGCCUGUUUGGAUUGCGGUUUCUUCUACGUGGUAAAUCAUGGGAUAAGUGAGCAAUUCAUGGACGAGGUCUUUUCACAGAGCAGGAGGAUGUUCGGUUUACCGUUGGGUGAAAAAAUGAAGCUCUUGAGGAACAAGAAGCACAGGGGUUAUACUCCUGUUCUUGAUGAGCAUCUGGACCAUGAAAACCAAGUUCAUGUAGGAGAUUACAAGGAGGGGUAUUACAUAGGAGUUGAGGUAGCUGAAGAUGACCCAAAAUCGGAAAGACCAUUUUACGGUCCUAAUGUUUGGCCUGCUCCAGAUAUCUUACCUGGGUGGAGGGAGACCAUGGAAGAAUUUCAAAGACAAGCCUUAGAGGUGGGUAAAGCGGUUGCUAGGCUCAUAGCCCUUGCUCUUGACCUAGAUGUUCAUUUCUUUGAUAAGCAAGAGAUGCUUGGUGAGGCUAUUGCGAUAUUCCGCUUACUGCACUAUGAAGGAAAAGUUUCUGAUCCAUCAAAUGGAAUUUUUGGAGCGGGAGCUCAUUCUGACUAUGGUCUCAUUACCCUCUUGGCAACCGAUGAUGUCUUAGGUCUCCAAAUAGGCAAGGAUAAGGAUGCCAAACCUCAAUUAUGGGAAUAUGUAGCACCGGUUAAAGGAGCAUUUAUAGUGAAUCUUGGCGACAUGCUAGAACGCUGGAGCAACUGUAAAUUCAAGUCCACAUUGCAUAGAGUCGUAGGGAACGGUCAAGAGAGAUACUCUAUUGCUUACUUCAUAGAACCUAGUCAUGAUUGUCUUGUGGAGUGCUUGCCUACCUGCAAGUCAGAAAACAACCCUCCCAAGUUUCCUCCAAUCUUAUGUCACACUUACCUGAGCCAGCGCUAUAGUGAUACUCAUACUGACCAGACUACUUACAAAGAAAUUAAAAAGUAAGUAUGCAACUCGUUUGCAAAUCAAGAUGAAUCUCUUUUAUUAGAUAGCUAGCAUAGUAGUUGGUCAGGGAGCGAGAUGCCUUUCUGACCCUCUGUAAAUUCAGUGUUAUGUUUUCAUAUCCUUCCAUUCGAUGGCAAGAUGUUUUGCAACUUGAAGAAACAAUAAAGGGAAUAAGCUCUUGCAGUCUUUUCAUGUAUACUUUAUGAAAUAGAGAUUCCUAUAUGUAAACAAUAUUAACCCUCCAGCUCUUGUAGUGAGAUAAUUUUCAAUGGUGGAACUGGAAUCUCCUCUUUUGUCACUUUUGCUUUUCAACAAUUUUCGGAGAUGGAAAAGGUUA